GUGCAAUGUUGAAAAUGGAAUAUAAUAAUAACAGGAGAUGAGGGACGGAUGGACAAAUUGAUUGAACAUGAGCGGAGUUGACGAUGAGUCACGUGAGUAUAUUUCGGUCCUGCAAAAGUUGUGUUCCCGCUGGAUCGGACAUUGUCUCACGUCCACGACUCCGUCACCACAGAAUGAUUCGGUCACAGCUAAGGCAGUUUGCCCGGCAGGGAGACCGUGCCUGGGUAGGCAUCAAUAUGCCUAUCCGUCACUUCUCUGCCUCUCCUGCGGCCGCUACCGAGGGUCAGAACCCGCCAUCAGCGCAAGGCCAACCAAAACAGAGACCGGCGACUACAGGCCCCCCUCGCAAGCCUCGACCUUCCAGCAGACCCCCCGGAGCUGGAGCCGGAGCCCAGAACAAGCCCCGUCCAGCUCGAGCAAUUGAUGCUCGGUCAUUGGCAGCCCCUCGUGCUGGUGGUGAACCCCCCAAGAUCAUCCGCAAGCCUAGGCUGCGGAUGCCACCCGGCAAGCAGGUACCAGGUCGCAAGGGCAAGCUCGCCGGAAAGGCUGGCCAGAAACCCAAGCGGCAAAACAAAAGGCGCCGUUCAGAGCAGAUCAUUGAUGACGACGAGGCCACCGCUGCUGCUAUCAAACAACUCGAGCUGGAUCAAGAGUCCAAGGGCCGUCCGGUGCCUAUUCGUUACGAGCCCCGGGAGAUUGACUUCUCUACACUGAAGGAUACUUGGCCCUCCUUGCCCACGGACGCGAAUGCUCGCUCCGCUACCGUCAUCGAGAAGCUUUCUGCCCUGAGUGGCCGCUUCCCCAACGGAUACGUCCCUCCUCAUGAGCUCGGUAGACGUCUCUGGAAGGGACAGAGCGUUCUGUUCGAGAGCGAGGCUGAGAAGGCCCAGGCUCUGGAGGAACUCAAGCGCUUGUCCCAAGAACGAGCAGACAAGAUCUCCCAGAAAAAGGGCGAGCCCGUCAAGCCCCGUGAUAUCAAAUUCAACCCCAUCAGCGCCGAACACUCACAAAAAUUGAUGGAGACCUUUGUGCAAGGAAAAUACCCCUCUUUGGAGGUUGGCAAGGACCAGCCGGCUAUCAUGGGCGAUGUGCUGAGAAAUAUUCGCAAUAACGCAACCUAUCAAACAGUUGGCAAGCGGCCCCAGUUCCUCGCCAAGGUUGAAUCUCUGUUGGCUUCGAGUCGUGUCAAGCGCUCCUAGUGAUACCUAGGUAGCAUCCUGCAUGGGGAGAUGCUGUUGUGUAUUAUAUUGAUUCUGUCAUUCGAAUUUUUUUGGAUCUCCGACUAGGCGCUAUGUGUUUUCGGUGGUGGUAUUCGCCCACCACCUUUGUUCCCUCUUGUAUCUAGAUUUACAAUGUGACUAUAUUACAAAAAAAAUGUGGCCCUCACGCUGGUGUUGCGUAACGUUGUGAAUCAUGCCUGUUCCAAAGACUUCUUGGCCGCAUCAAAUAGCUCCUUGACGUCCUUUUGGCCCUUCUCCGUAGCUUUCUCCAUAUGAUCAUGAGCCUUGCGCACAUCGUCAGGUCGGGCCAGCUUCUUUUUCUGCAUGUCUUGUAGUCGCUUGUGCAUGGCGCCUCUGGAAUCACGAACGGCGCUUGCAGCCUUUUCAAAGGCCUGUUUCGCUGCCUGGACAUUCUUGUCUCGGGAUUCCUUGG